AUGGAAGAGGAACUGGAAUGGCAAGAAAGCGACGCUUCGAAGUACGAUGUUGCCAUGUACACCGCUGCUCUAAAAGCGGUUAAGCAUUCGGCUCAGAUUGAUCCAGUGAUUCGGGAAAUCACCUGUAUUGGAUUUACAGAUACGUCGCCGCUUAGUCUAUCCUACGUCCUUGACUUCUUGAAAACGAACUCGAGCCAUCAAUUCACAGAAGCGCAAGUCCGAAACUCCUUAAGGAACGUGCUUUUUAAAGUGGCGGGUCAGGAGAACCACCAAACUCUGCACACUCAUCAGGUAAUCCCAGAAGUUUUCCGUCGCGUUUGCAAGGUAAGUCGUUAUAACCCGAGCUGCCUUAAUUCAGCAUUUUGCAAUCUGACGAUCAGUACUAAUGCAGAUUUCAGUAACAGCCAGCUGCUGAUCUCAGAUGUCUUUCAGCGACUCGUUUCAUCCUUUGAGCGGCAGCUGAAUUUCACAACCUCAUCUUUGCUAAACGUGGAAAACGCCACGGUAACAGAAUCUAACAUUGUUUUUGGCUCUGAAUAUUUAGAUAUCCUGACCUCGCUAUGCAUAUUUUCCUCGAGGGAAGGCUUGAAGAUGGAAGAUGUGAUGAGAGUCAGUUUUUCAGACACCUUCUUGCGGUUCUUUGCGCACAACUCUGGGUAUUGGCCAGGUUUGAUCAAGGCCACAACAAACGAAUUCAGACUAAAUGAAAUAGUGACUCUGGCAAACUUGCAGGCAAACAACGGCUCUCGGUUUGACUUACAGACAAUUCUCCUUGUUCUAAGCCUGCAUAGCGGAGCCUCAAAGUUGCAAAAAGAGCAUUUCAUGACCGCAAUAAACAAGACUUCGACAGGGAUUGCGCAACUUAUUAAAAAAGUAAAUGACGAUACAGUUGUCUUAAACAGAACAAAGCCACUUCUUUUGAACAUCUUAGGAGCGAUGUACCGUGGCUUAGGGUAUCCUUACCGAUCAAAGGAUCUUCAUGAGCUUGCAUUUGAUUUUUAUCGCACAAACGUCACUGACAACACUACAGGAGAACACACUACAAGCAGUGAUAACGACCAAGAGGUUUUCUUAGGCAAGGCAAGCACUCUACAUAAACUCGGAAUCAUUUAUCGUUACCUAGGUAACCUUGCCAUUGCUCAGUCUGCGCAUGAGUGGUCACUUAGUCUACUAAAGCAGUUAUCUGGGGACCACCGAGUGUAUAUUUCAGGUUCACUUCUUAACCUAGCUGUUGUUUAUAGCCGCCUUGGGAAGUACUAUGAUGCACUGCGGUUGUAUAAUCGCUCAUUGAUCAUGCUGCAAGAGAUAUAUGGCCCAAGUCAUGCUAGCGUGGGGAGGCUUUAUACCACCAUUGGAACUGUCUAUUAUCGGCUUGGAGACUUCAAUAACGCCACACAACAUACAGAACGUGGAUUGCAAAUACUCGAGGACUUUCACGGAGAGUUACACCCUCAUGUGGCCGAGGCACUGAAUUUUCUCGGAUUCAUGUACAGAGAUCAAGGACAUUUAAGCAAGGCUAAGAUUGUUCUGGAACGCUCCACGUCUAUUAAGGAGAAGGUAUUUGAUCCGGAGCACUUCAUACUUGGAGAGGCUUUAAACGAUCUAGGGGUGGUGUACACUCGUCUGGGUGAAGGACAAAAAGCCAAGAUGGUCUUACAAAGAGCACUGCAUAUCUUUAAUCGUACUUGGGGAGAGGGGCAUACCUCAGUUGCGACGGCCCUAAACAGUUUAGGAGGCGCCCACAGCACCUCGAGGGAGCUAGAAGAGGCGAUUUUUUUGCACAAGACAGCCUUAAACAUUCUCCUUCGAAUGGACAUGAGUGCCAACUUGGAACACUUAAUUGCAGAAACAAGACAGCUCCUUGGCAACGCUUACUUGGCGACGGGAGGCCUCGAAGAUGCCAAAGACAUGUAUCAGCUUUCGUACUUGGGAUUUAAGAAGAUUUACGAUUCCCAUCAUUGGAGAGUUCAAGGUGUUUUGAAGAGCUUAAGCUCUUUAGGGUACGUCUUAAACAAAUCCUGCGAGACAAAUGCUCUCUGUUUUAUAAUUAAUUUAAACACUUUUUUUGCCAUCAUCCUAGGUGAAAGGCUCAUCACAUUUGAACAGCUUAUUUUAACGUAG